AUGGCCAUGUGCGUCAAGAUCUUGACUCAAGAUGGCCAACUAGUGCUGAUAGCAGGUUACGAGAGUGGUCAUUGCUGUCUAUGGCGUUACGAUCAAAAUUCAAGCAAGUGGGCCUUGCUAUCAAUCAUUAAGAGUCACGCCCAACCAAUUCUCUCAUUGGAUGUCGCGAAGGGCCUUCGAAGAUACUAUACAUCUGCCGCAGACGCUACUGUUGCUUGCUACUCUCUCUCAGAUCUGACAGCAUCUCAGCCUAUCAAGACAGCUCAAACUAAACACUCUGGCCAGCAAUCUCUUCAUGUUCGAUCUGACGACAAGAUCCUCGCUACAGCCGGCUGGGAUGGAUGUCAGGGCUGUUAUGCUCUGGCGUUUGCAGACCUCACAUCACGAGAUAUCGACACUGCAGCAGAUGAAAGCACAACUUCAGACCAGAAGCAAGCUUCUACUACACUUCAAACAGUCGGACAGAGACGAGAGACCAAAGCACAGACAACGCACUGGAUAGCUGCUGGGUCAAAAGAUGGAAAAGUUUCGCUUUGGGAUAUCUAUUGA